CGGCGGAGGGAGCUGGGGAUGGCGGCCGGGGGGGCUCUCGCCUGUUACCUGGGCUACCGGCUGUAUGAGCGCCGGGCCGGGCGGCAGCCGGAGCCCCCCCGGCCCCGUGAGGCGCGGGCAGCCGCCGAGCGCCGACCCGCAGGAGCCGGAGAGCCCAGCCCGGCCCAGGGGCUGCUGCCCAUCCCCGUAGCGGCGGCUGCCAAGGAGACGAUUGCAGAAAGCAGAUCAGACCUUGAAGAUCUGGACCUUUAUGCAACUUCUCGAGAGCAACGGUUUCGUAUAUUUGCCAGUUUAGAAUUUGAAGGCCAAUUAUAUAUGACCCCAUAUGACUUCAUUCAGUCUGUUACAAGUGAUGCACCUAAACGUGCUAAAAAGUGGAGGUCUCUUUCAAAACAGGAUGCAGUAUUUGCUGCUGAAGCAACUGAAAAAGAUCCAUGUGGGGUCAAAAGAACAAGCACCUCUGUUCUGAUUUCAUCUAGCCAGGAAUUGAAUCAAAUACUUAUAGAGACACCCCCAGUUUGGAAAGGAUCAUCAAAACUUUUCCGUAAUCUUAGAGAGAAAGGUUUGAUUUCCUACACAGAAUAUCUGUUUCUCCUUUGUAUCUUAACAAAGCCUCAUGCAGGUUUUAAAAUAGCUUUCAACAUGUUUGAUACUGAUGGCAAUGAGAUGGUCGACAAAAAGGAGUUCUUAGUGCUGCAAGAGAUAUUUAGAAAGAAAAAUGAGAAGAGAGAAAGAAAAGGAGAUGAAGAGAAACGUAUAAUGUUGCGCCUUCAACUCUAUGGAUAUCAUUCUUCUACUAACAGUGUACUUAAGACAGAUGGAAAGGACCUUGUACCCAGAAGCUAUUGGGAUACAUUGAGACGUAGCACAAGCCAAGCUCUCUUUUCGGACCUUGCAGAGCGUGCCGAUGACAUCUCAAGUUUGCUAUCUGAUACCACACUGCUUGUGCAUUUUUUUGGCAAGAAGGGAAAGGCUGAGCUAAACUUUGACGAUUUUUAUAGAUUUAUGGAUAACCUACAAACCGAAGUUCUAGAAAUAGAAUUCCUUUCCUAUUCUAACGGGAUGAACACCAUCAGUGAGGAAGACUUUGCUCAUAUUCUUUUGAGAUAUACAAAUGUGGAAAAUACAUCAAGUUACCUGGAAAAUGUACAUUGCAGGAUCCCUGAAGAAAAGGGUAUCACAUUUGAUGAGUUCAGGUCAUUUUUCCAGUUUUUGAACAACCUAGAAGAUUUUGCAAUUGCAAUGCAAAUGUAUAAUUUUGCAAAUCGUUCUAUAGGACAAGAUGAAUUCAAGCGUGCUGUGUAUGUAGCUACAGGCCUGAAGCUUUCAGCACAUUUGGUGAACACAGUCUUCAAGAUCUUUGAUGUUGACAGAGAUGACCAGCUGAGUUAUAAAGAAUUUAUUGGCAUUAUGAAGGACAGAUUGAAUCGAGGGUUCAGGGAGACCCCAAAAUAUGGUUUGAAGGGUUACUAUGUUUGUGUGACAACUGUAACAAGCAAACAUUUAAGAGAGCUCUGGAAGCAGUUUAGGAGUCGAGAUAUGCUAAGAUAAAAAAAUGAAGGAGAGAAAAAACUUCAGCAUUUGGUUGCUACUAUUUUUCCUAGAUACUGUGUGUGAAAAACGGCAUAACACAGGUAAACUAUAUAUCUUUCACUUGCAGCACUAUGCACUGAAUCAUCAUUGGGUUUUUUCACUUGAUUUGCUGAUUCAUGGAUUUUUUCAACCACUUUUUCAGUAUGUGUUUUGUUUUAGGGGUUGACUUACACUUUUAUAGGCCAGACGACAGUGUAUCUUAAAGAAUGUGUUUUUAAAGAUAUUUGUUGUUUGUAUUUGUAUUGAGAUGUGCCUUUCAUUUAAAGAAUUUUUUUUUUCAUUCUGGUGAAUGUGCCUUUUGGCAGUGGUGAAAAAUUAUUUCCAUGUAGAGGGGAUGUGAAUUUGUUUUUAGAAAAUGAAUAUUAUAUGAAGUUUGUGUUAAAACAGGGAUGCGAAUGCAUUCUGUAGCACAACAAUUGCAUAAGUGUGGAAUGUAUAGGUUGUAAGUACUCAUGAGCCAACAAAGCUGUCAUUUAAAAACAACUAUAAGUAGCAGUUGUGAUAUAGGAUAAUGUGAAUUAUUGAUUAAGGGGUUAAUUAAUUAAGAGGUACUGAUGUCCAACAGCUGUAAGUCUUACUAUUAUAAUCUUACUGAUUCAGUUUAAUAAAAUCUCCUGAUUUUAAGAUUUCUAAUUGUGUACAAUAUAAUGAAAAUAAAAUGUCACCUUAUUAGCUAAUAUUUUUAUCAUGUUAGUUAAUACAAUGCUAUUUAAUAUAUAGCAUUGUGUUUCUGUAACUUUUUUGCCAGAGUAUGGAUUUCAGCUUAGUUAUGUAUUACUUGUUAAUAAUGCACUUUACUUAAAAGCUGGACAUGGUAUGAGGCAGAAAUUAAUCCUAUCUAGUUUUGCUAGACUGGCAUGCAGUAGUGAACAAAUAUUGCCCCCAGGUUGUGGCUUUAAAAAAAUUAAAAGAAAUGUAGGCAAUAGCACAGAACUACAGCCAGUUACAAAAUGUUACAAUGAUAAAUGUAAAUACCAUGAGACUUUGGAAUUCUACCUGAAUCAAAUUCUAGAAUUAAAUAAUAAGGCUUUAAUACACCUAUGGGUUAUGCAAGCAAUCUGUAGCCUCCCUGGCCUCCUGUCUGUCAAUUUCUAUGUUAUGAACAAUGAUUUUGUUAUUGUUUUGUUGCUGUUGAAUUAAGCCCUAAAAGGUCAUGAUUAAUGGAGCACAAUUUUGCUUGUUUUUACAUAUCCUGAGUCUUUUCUGUUUGGCUGGGGGAUGGCAGGUUUGCCUCAAUGUAGCGAUUGAAUUUAAAAGUUUUGUACUGCUUUUACAAGGCUGAUAGCAUAAAGUAAAUAAAACCCCAAAUACUAACUCACUUUAACAUACAAUUUUAAUGUCACUCUUAAGAAAAUUUAUUGACUAGGAAAUUAAUUAGUAUUUACAUAAAAGCAAUCUGUGCAUGAAAACAGGGAUUAUCUAAUUUUAAUCUAUUUACACUAUCAGUUGUAAAAAAAAAAAGUUUGGUUUAGUGGUGCACUUCAGUCUUAAAUCAACUAUUAGACACAACAUAUUGUUUUUAAUCUUUCAUUGUUAUCACGAACACAACAAAGAGUUUUAUUUUUUCAUCAUGUAGAAUGUAGCUGUCUGUCACUCAAAGAUACUACAUGGUCUUUAAAUGCAUGAACCAAAAAGUAUAUGUUUUGCUUCUUUGUUAAUAAGCUUAAGUUCCAGGACUAAUCAGUUUACCAAGAUUUUAUUCAUUUUUUAAUUGACUUUUAAAAACUUUUUUUUGAGAAAUUCCACUGUAAGAAUUUCAGAAAAAUUAAUGUUAGAAUGUUUUAUUUUGGCAUGGCUUAUCUGGCUUUUGGUAAAAAUUAUAUAAUAGGAAAAUACUAGCUAGAAAAAUGUCCGAAAUAUUCUACUGUAGACAGUAUUUUGAUGAUAAAUACUCAUGCAGUCCCUACUUCACUCCCCUCCCCCAGCUGACAACUAGAAAAUCAGAGAUUUGGACUUAUGCUGAUAGGCCCUGAUGUUGUAAUUGACAGUAUGCAGUGGACUGCUUUUUCGAUGUGCAAUCAAUUGCAGGACCAAUCACAAUGUAUGUAAAAUCUUGGUAUCACUUUUCCAAUUUGUAUAUUUCUCUAUAUGGUGCCUAAGUACAAUAGACUGGCAUAAAAUAGAAUGUAUUAGUGACAGAUUAGUCCAUAAGACUGUGCUUUCUGCUUUUGUUUAGUAAUACAAUAACAAUGUAUGUAACGGUACACUAAUAUGAAAAAAUAUGCUUUGUCAUAUUUGUGUUUACCUCAAAAUAAACUCGCUUAAAACAAACUAA